AUGUGUUCUAUGAAUGUCGUCAUGCGGCGCCUGUACCGGCCUCUGUCUAAGGAUAAGUGGAGACUAACCGGCGCAGCCUCAAUUGUCGUUGAUACAGCGACCCCUACGGUCCUUAAGACUGAUGAUAGGGAGGAGAUAGUUGUUUUCUCAUGGAGCAGUGUAGUACUACCGCGAGAGCGAGCAAUGAUGCCGUCUACUGCCGAUGUUAUCAAGAUGAUUUUCAUCCUUACUUAG